GAUACAGAGAUAAACAGCUUGAGAAUAGCUGGCCCGUGUAGUGACUGAGGCACACGCAACGUCUCCAAUGUUCCAUGAUCUUGAUGAACGCGCGUGAUAGGCUGCACUUGAUUGACGUAAAUUAGAAACGAGCCCCAAGCAUUCAGGGACCUGUGCAAUCAAACCGCAGUUCGUGCUUUUGUUUGUUUUCAUCGCGGCAGUUUUAGUGGUGGUGACCGCCUGGGAGAAGGACGCCCUUCAGCCGACUCGGGCGGGCGCACUGCAGGAGGCAGUGGCGCUCCAGACCAGUUCUCGGUUCCUUUCUUCUGGAGUAAUAAAACGUGGUGGAGGGAGGAGGAAGAAGAGCUGCUGGGUGGCAAUGUGAGCCAAGUCUGCACAGAGACAACAAACCCUCCCCAAAGUAUGCGCGGCGGCGGCUGCGGUGAAGCGGGUGCGGGCGGGGGCGGUUGGACGUUUCGCUUGACACAGGUGGAUGCGGAGCGAGAAGCGCGGCAUCAUAUCGCCGCGUGAGGAGGCGCAUCGGGCGGCUGCGGCGUCAACAUCGCGUCGGUGUGCUUCCUGGAGCGUUUUGGAAGCGCUGCGCAUCGCUCGUCCUCUUCGUUUUAGUGAUCGACUAGUCGAGUGAAGAGGAGGAGCUCUCUGUGCGGAGGACAGCAUGUCUCAGGAGGCGAGAGGAAGAGGUUCGUCACACAAGCACAGCGCCACCCACUGGUGUCUGCAGAAUAUUGCGCAAGAAUCUGUGGACAGCUCCGAUGAAGAGUUCUUCGACGCCCGAGAUGUGAUGGAGGGGAAAAAUGCCAUGCUGCUGGGCAUGAGUCAGUGGAACUCCAACGACCUGGUGGAGCAGAUUGAGACACUGGGACACAUGGACCCGUCUCAUGAGGGUCUCUAUCAGCUGGAUGAUCCACGCUGUGCCCCACAAAGCGGCAUCGAGGGCCUGGAGCAUGGAGAGAACUCCAAAUGUCCGACGCACGUGCUGCUUCUGGUGGUGCACGGUGGCAACAUCCUGGACACGGUGGGCGGCGACCCCAGUGCUAAGGCGGGCGACGUGGCCACCCUGGCGUCCGUGCUCGACAAGGUGACGCAGGCGCACUUCCAGCCCGCCGCCGAGCACGUGAUGAUCAAAUUGGUGCCGUGCCCUGCGGUGUGCGCCGAAGCCUUUUCGCUCGUGUCCAAUCUUAACCCAUACAGCUACGACGAAAGCUGCGUGUCAAGCAGCGUGGACCACCUGCCGCUGGCCGCCCUGCCGCUGCUCGCCAUUGUUUCUCCGCGCUACCAGGACGCCGUCGCCACCGUCAUCGCCCGCGCCAACCAGGUGUACCGCAGCUUCCUGCAGUCCGACGACGGGCAGGGCUUCUCGGGAAAGGUGUGCCUAAUGGGCGACUGCGUGGGUGGCGUGUUGUGUUUUGAUGCGUUGUGCUUCAGCAACCAGCAAAGACCUGGCAGCCCAAACAACAACAACAACAACGCCACCACCAGUGGAAGCAGGAACAACAGCACUGAGAGCCUCAAGGAAAACCCGGGCCUACUUGGAGAGUCCAGUCCAGGUCUAAGUUCCAGCAAAAGGCUAAGUAAGAGCAACAUCGACAUCUCUGCCCCCAAUGAAGGUCAUUGCCAGGGGCCGCCAUCCCUCAGCCGUAAGCAGAGCGACUCGUACGACGGCGACACGUCGUCCACUGGCCAGCACGUCUUCUUUUCCAGUCUGAUAAAGGAAAGUGCGGAGGUGCGCGCCAGCAGUAGCAGCAGCCCCAGUCUGCUGCUCAACCCCGGACGCUUUGAUUUUGACGUGUCGGACUGUUUCCUGCUGGGUUGUCCCCUGGGUCUGGUGCUGGCCAUGCGCCGCACCGUGCUGCCCGCCGUCCAGGUGCAUCAGCUCCAUCCGGCCUGCUCUCAGAUCUUCAACCUGUUCUUUCCGUCGGACCCUUCGGCCUCCAGGCUAGAGCCUCUGCUGCAGCCUCUUUUUCACAAGCUGCCCCCAUUCGCUGUGCCACGCUACCAACGACACCCUCUGGGCGAUGGUCGCUCCCUGGUCAUAGGUGACAGUAUCCAGGGCCAUCCCGAUGUGUUUCUGGAGGGCGAGCAGACCCCUGGAGUUCCUCAGUCAUCCUCUGAGGAAGGAGGUCGACGGGCCAGCGUGACCAGCAUGGAGAGUCAAAUGUCCAUCGGCUCCAUCGGCCAUCACCUGGGUGGUGCUAUCGCCAAUAUUUCUAGUAGCUGGUGGGGCUCAAAGAGGCUGGAUUAUUCCCUCUACUGCCCGGACGUGUUGACCGCCUUCCCCACCGUGGCGCUGCCACACCUGUUCCACGCCUCCUACUGGGAGUCCACGGACGUCGCUGCCUUUGUACUUCGACAGCUCAUGCGGUGCGACUUCACAAAGACGCAGGAAGCGGACGCUCUGGACUCAGCCCCCUUCUCUCCCUCUAGCCCGCGAGAAAAGUGGCUGCGACGGAGGACGCAUGUCAAACUGAGGGUAUGCAGCACUGUCCUACUCCCCCCCCCCCCCCCUCUGCGUGGUUACAUGUUGAAUAGACUCCAGAUAGUGGACAUCCUGUUGAUGACGCAGCCGCAGUCGGGUCGCUGGGUGCACUUUGACACGGAGGUUACCAACAGCAAUGGCCGGGUGACGUACACCAUACCCAACGACAAGAAGCUUGGCCUCGGAGUCUAUCCCGUUAAGAUGGUGGUCAAGGGAGAUCAAACAUCCGCCGAGGCCUACCUGACGGUGUUGCCCCGCGGCAUGGAGUGUGUGGUCUUCAGCAUCGACGGCUCCUUCGCAGCCAGCGUGUCUAUCAUGGGCAGCGACCCCAAGGUCCGCCCCGGAGCCGUGGACGUCGUAAGGCACUGGCAGGACCUGGGCUACCUGAUUAUCUACAUCACGGGUCGUCCUGACAUGCAGAAAGAGCGGGUGGUGUCCUGGUUAUCGCAGCAUAACUUUCCUCAUGGCAUGAUCUUCUUCUCCGAGGGUCUGGUUCACGACCCGUUGCGACAGAAGACCAUCUUCCUCAGGAACCUCAUACAUGAGUGUCACAUCAAGAUCAACUCUGCUUACGGGUCCAUGAAGGACAUCUCCGUUUACAACAUGCUUGAUCUCGGGCCCACCCAGAUCCACAUCGUGGGAAGACCUUCAAAGAAAUACCAGAACCAGUGCCAGUUCUUGAGUGAGGGCUACGCGGCGCACCUCUCCACUCUGCAGUUUGGCCACCGAGCCCGUCCCAAGAAGUCACCCUCGGUCCGCAUGGUCCUCAGGAAAGGCUCCUUCGGCCUCACCGCCAAACCGGACUUCCUGUGCAAGCGCACCCAUCUGCGCAGGACCAUGUCUGUCCAGCAGCCCGACCCACCCUGCACAGCCAACCCCAAGCCCGAGCGGGCCCAGAGCCAGCCGGAGUCAGACAAGGACCACGGAGGGGGAGGCGGGCAAGGCGUGUGGGGACGUGGCGUCAUGCAUCGUGGGGACACCACUCCCUGACGUUGGGCCAGGAGACGGAUGGAUUGCUGGAAGAUGGUGGAAAAGUCGAGGCUGAGAUCCGGGGACAAGGACUACGACGGCGGCGACACAAUCACGGGCGAUGGCGGCGUGGUGGCGGAAGCCUGCGGGAACAAAUAGCGCUGACGCGGCCAUGCACAUUAAUCACAACUUUGCCGGCAACGUGACAGACUUCAUUAACUCUUGGUCAUAUUCGCAGCU